AUGGUGCACGGGACGCUGGAGGUGCUGCUCGUUGGGGCCAAGGGCCUCGAGAACACCGAUUACCUCUGUAACAUGGAUCCAUAUGCAAUUCUCAAGUGCCGUUCACAGGAGCAGAAGAGCAGUAUUGCAACUGGAAAAGGAAGUAGCCCUGAGUGGAAUGAAAACUUUAUCUUCACCGUGUCUGACCGGACCACAGACUUGUUGAUCAAGCUUAUGGACAGUGAUACAGGCACAGCAGAUGACUUUGUUGGUGAAGCAACGAUUCCAUUGGAAGCAGUGUAUACUGAAAGGAGCAUUCCACCAACACUCUAUAAUGUUGUGAAAGGUGAAAAAUACUGCGGGGAAAUCAAAGUUGGUCUCACAUUCACUCCUGAGGAUACUCGCCAGCGGGGUCUCCCAGAGGACUUUGGUGGAUGGAAGCAAUCAUCUUAG